ACGAAAAUCUAGUGGCCCUAGAAACAUAACAAUUUCAAUUUCAUUCGGUUGUUUCUCAAGUAGUGUCAUUUUUACGGUCUGUGCUUACCCAACGAGUGUUUAGUGUUGUCCUGCUGUUUCAAACAUAUACAGUUAUGUUUUGGCAUCGGCAAACUAACUAACCCCCUCGACCGUCUCAUGGUGGAGUUCUCGAAGGAGGAAAUGUCAUCCGCGGACGUGCCGGCGAGCGGCAGCUCGGGGGAGAUGCCCAGCCUCAUAGCCCCCCAAACGCCGGUCUUGAGUGUGGCAUGUCGCAUCCUGAGAUCCCCCAGUCACGAGAGCGUCACCACCGAUCUGUCGCUGUUCUCCGUCAGUUCGGUGGACUCGACAACAGGGGGGAAACGGUUGCUGAGCUUCUCCAAGUGCGAUAGGGGGCACAGUCCGAAUCCGGAGAGCAGGAAUCAAAACAGGCCUGCAGAUAUUCCCGAAAUCCUCUGGUUCGAGGAAGAAACCGAACUGAUCCGAAGUUGCGCCGCCCUGUCUUCGGCCGUCGGUCUUCAGAAGAGUUUCAGCACCAGCGACAUCAGCCAGCUACCGUCCCCUGAGGAAGGUCCCACUUUGCAGGGCCUCCGAAACGCCGUAUCCGAACUAGCUUUAAACUCCCUACAACGGAGCGGAUUUCUUCUGGAGCAUGCCAGACUGGAUCAUACAUCCAGGUCAUGUUCUACAUGGGUAGCGGUAGGAGACAUUGCAUCCACCUCCCAAUUGCCCUCACCGCACGGAGGUCAGUCCAGUACCACAGCACCACCUCUGGCCAGUACUCCUCCUCCGCCAGCAUUUACAGCCGCUGAUUUCAUACGCUCAGUAAACAAAAAAGUGAGACAGAAUUACAUUAGGAGAAGACUAUUAACCACGUACAAAGCUUUGGAGCGACUAUCGCAGAGCGAAUUCAACUUGGACAGGCUUGAAAUAACACCUAGUACAGCUCAAGCUAGCUUAGAUCCAGCAACGCAACAUAUUAUUAAUCCAGGACCAACCCGAUUAGUUGUACCAGGCUCCAGUCCAACUCCGAGCAAGAGCCCCACCACUUCUAGCAGUACCAAUGCCGCCAUGUUGAGGGCUGCCAAAUCUAGGGCUGGAAAAAAUCUACCCCUGACCAUUAGGGAUGUAGAAAGAGAGCGGGGCAAACCGUUAUCCAAAUAUGAGAGAAAUAUGAUGAUAUUUAACUGGUUGCAUACCCUAGACGAUACGGCAUUUGUCGAGGGAAUACAGUAGAUAAUGUGUAAUUUUUAAAUGAUAUAAUUUUUUUCUGUAACAUUCUAUUUGAUGGUUCUAAUUAGAUGUUUUAAGAAUAAAAAACCGCCUACAUAUUGAAAAAUUGUAAGAAACCUAGUAACAAAGACAAAUUUUCUAUAAAAGUAGAAGUUUUGCAUUGCAGUACAUUAUUCAGAUUUUAAAAAACUUUCAUAAUAUAUUUUAUGCAGAUAAUCUAGCGUACUGUUGAUUACAAAAAUUAUCAGCAUUUCUUGAAUUUUGUAUGUGAAAUUUAUACAUUUAUACAUAGAAAAAUAUGACGUCCACCGUAAUCAAUAAUAUAAUUCUUUUAUAUCGGUAUUAUUUUUAAUUUUUUCAAGCUAAACGUAGUCGUAAAGUUUAAGAUGAUAUAGGUACAAACAUUCAAUAAGGUUGCCAGUUUUUAGAAUAUAUUAUAUCGCAUUUAUUAUAAAGUUGCCAAAUUUUGGCAGAUUAUAGAUAAGAGCAAAAAAUAUCUAUGCUCAUUUAAAAAAAAUAGGACUUCUACAAUUCGUUGUUUAACAAUUUCUUAGUAUUGGAUAAAUGAGAGAAACAGUAGACCAUAGUUUUGAUAAAUUUGUUUGUUGUACAGGGUGAGUCUUAAAAAACUUCAAAUAUUUUCAAGGUCUCCAUAAAAGAAACAUAUUUUCUCUUUACCGUUUUUCAAAUAAGUCUUUCAAAAGCUCUUCUUUUACGUUUUCAAAAUAACCAAGAUAUUUUACUUUGAAAAUUUCCAAAAAAAAACACUUUUUGCUUAAAUUUUGAGAACCACUGG